GUUACGCGGUUUGUGAGAAAGUCAUGGCUUCCCGGCUUGUUGUUUGUCUUGUUUUUGUUAAGAGAUUCUACGACUGGAACGGUUUUCAAUCGGCAAAUGGCCUUUGAUGUUUCAAAUAAGGACUUUCCGAGGACUCCGGGGAGAGGAGCAAUAUCGAAGACAUGGCAAAAGUCGAAAUUUGAAAAACAACGCGAAGAAGAAGUGAUUCGCAAUGCCCACGAAAGAGGAUAUUUGAAGGCUCCAACUGUUGGUGGUAUUUGGGACAGCAUAGGUGAAAAAUGCGAUCUUGGAGAAAUCAGCUACCUAAAUAUGAGUGGGAUAUGUCUUCAUACCGUGAAAACGAUUGACUUAUGUACAAGACUUCGAAUCUGCGUGCUACAUUCCAACUACAUUUCGACGUUUGAUUCCCUCGCUUGUUGUCGCGAGCUUGUUUACAUGGAUUUGCACAAUAACCAGGUGAGUUUGAAAAUGUGAUUUAAUGUUGUGAGUUAAGUUAAAAAAAUAACUUUUCCUAUUAAACUCUCUGAAAUACUGCAUUAAAAAGCUGAUGAAACGUUGCUAUCUAUGUGAUGCUGGCAUUUCCUGAUCUUGUGUCGGAUUAAAAUUGGUUAAAUAAUUAACACAGCACCGUUAAUUUGUAAUGAAAUGGUUCGAUUUUCAAUACCGGCUGUAAACGUACGGAAGCAUGCUUGGGUAUAUAUAUUUUUUCUUUAUUCAAAGGACAAAUGUACCAAAUGUGCAGCUGCAAGUGUCGUGUUGGGGAUAAGCCGGGACCUACUGCAUUGGUCUCAGAAACUUUUGAGCAGAUACAAAAGCUCAGAAACUUCUUGAAAACUUACAUUUAUUUGUGUGUUUCUUUGCUCUCAUUGUAGGAAAAUAUUGAUGACAACUGAUGUGCUAACAGUGCUAUUUAUUUGCUAGAUUGCCAAAGUGCCUGGUCACAAGUUUUGGGCAUCUCUUACUGAACUCAAAGUUGUAUUUCUUCAUGACAACAGCAUUUCAAAGCUUGAUAAUGUACAUUACAUGGCAGCAUCCCCAAGCAUCUCUAUUCUGACACUGUAUGACACUCCGCUUAGUCUAAAACCCAACUACAGGCAUCACCUGGUGAACAGUCUGUGGUCAUUGAAAUCUCUUGAUAACAUUGUCAUCUCUGAUGAAGAAAUAAUUGAGGAUUCAUCAUUUGGUGGUUCCUUCUCAGCUUUGCAGCCAAGUUUUUUUAUGAAGUCAUCAUGUUCUCUAACAAAGGUAAGGUGAUUUAAAUUUUGUUAGUGUCUUCUCGUUGGUGGACUCUUAUAGCCUGCUUCCUUUAUCCCACCAAGGGAGGGGGGGAUACUCCCAUACAUUACCUAUACGGGUAUGUGCCGCCCAACGGGGUCAUGAUUUUGAAGCUCCUGAUUUAGAAUGGGGUAUCCAUUUCAGAGGCGUUUUCUAGAACAGGGUAUAAAAAAUUGUGGAUCACGGCUUUAUCUUCUGCUUAAAGUUGUUGCUGAUUAUGAAGAAGCAUUUAUUUGAUGUAUAAGUCGAACAAAUAAAGAAAUAUCUUUUUAAAAAAACAGGGCUAUUUCAAUUUACAAACUUUCUAGAAUGGAGUAUAAAAAAUUGGCCCAUUUCGAGACCGGGGUAUCAGUUUUACGGCGAAUUCUAAAACGGGGUAUAAAAAAUCAGCCCAUUUCUAGAACGGGGUAUCAAUUUUAAGGGAAAUUUCUUUUUAGAACAGGGUGCCAAUUUGGAGUCCCGGGAGGCACAUACCCACCCAAAAAAUACCCAAGUGCCCCCCUCCCCCCCCUCCCCCCGGGCCACCAACCUAACUGCAAAAUAACCGCCAGUAUUGCCUGGGAUACCAUUCCAAGAUGAGCAAAGAAGACACUGCCAACAUUGGUUAUCACAGGGUUUUGCUACUUUGGUUGAUUUACUUUGCCGAGAUUGCAACUCCACAAUAUCUGGUGGUAUUAAGAACACCCUGUGAUGACUCUUGUUGCUGCUGGUGCGAUGUUAGAUUGGUAUCCUUAUCUGUCAGAAAAGUUUAGCAGGCAGUGCUGGCAGCUAAUUGUUGCAGGUAGGCUUUUGUACAGUUGGUGCCAAAAGUGUGUAGUUGUCUUCGAGAGAAUUGAAUUUGUACUCAUUAUUAACAUUAUUUGUAUUUAUACAUCCUGGAUAAAGGCUUUUUUCGAGAGGCACUUUACAAAGAAAAAAACUAAAACCGGGCCAAAAAACACAAAACAAAAACAAACAAACCAACAAGAAAGAAUAUUGUAUUUACUGUACUUGUUGAGGGUGACUGUAAAAGUAAAUGUGGCUAACUGUUACUGUGGUUCUUGUUUAGGAAAACACAUAUGAAGAAGCCAUAAGAGAGGUUAACAGGCUUAUAGCUGUAGUGAAUGGUAUCCAGGCUAAGUACUGUCCUGUUCUGAUAAUCCAGCGUUGUAUCAGAGGAUAUUUGGCAAGAAUAAGAUUUAAAUUUAUCCAGGAUUUGAGAUUGUGGUAAGAGCUGUUAACCAGUGCAAGUUUUUUGCUUUCAAGUUGUGAUAACCAUGAAAACCAGGAUGAUUUCUGAAAUGUUGUGCCCAAUCAAGGAAAAUAAAGUUAACUAUUAACUUAAUGUAAGAUGAAAACACUACAAGCACUAUGGUCUAAUCAGAUUCAGCAUGCCCCCAUAAAUUUUGUUGAUGAAUUCAUUUGAUUGUCUUAAAAAUUGUUCUUUUUAUUUCAUCGUGGAACUCAGAAACUCGAGAUAAUCAUUUUGGUAGCUGUUGUGGUCAUUUCCUUCCAACUUUUUUGUGUUUCAGUGGUUAGGGUAUCCAAAUACAUGUAAAUUCGUUUCAUCAAGAAGCAUUUGAAGUAGAAAAAGUUAUUCUGCCCAGGAGGAAAGCCCAGUGUUGAAGCACCACUAAUUUGAAGUAAAUGAUAUUAUUCAUGGAUUGACUGGGUACAAAUGUUGGCCUAAACACCAACCCCCCCCCCCCCCCCCCCGGGGGGGGGGUGGUCCCCGCCAGGCCCGGCUUUUUUUUUUUUUUUUUUUUUAUACUUUCGCAAAAAAACAAAAACAAAAAAAAAAAAAAAAAGGUGGAAGCCCCACAAAAAAAGGGGGGGAAAAAAAGGCGGCGCGUUAAAAAAAAAAAAAAAAAAAAAUUUCAAAAACCCAGCCACAAAAAAAAAAAACAAAAACAAAAAAAAAAAAAAAAAAGAAGGGAAGUAAAAAUAUUUUUUCCAAGUCCAAUUAAAAUUUUUGUUUGGGGAAAGCUUUUUUAUAUUUCCUUUGCGAUUUUGAAAUACUGGUUUUUUUAUAAAAAAAACUUUUUUUUAUUGUUUUUUUUUUAAUAUUUUGGAAAUUUACUUUUUUCUUUUCAUUAUGUAAUUUAAAAUCAGUUUGGUGUUGUUAUUGUGUUUUNUUCUUGACAGGGCUGCAGUAUCUAUCCAGCGGUUCUAUCGUCAUUACAAAGGUUUCACUGAGGGGGGUACCCUGCCACCUCCCACGUCCCCAGCUCCCAGCCGCUCCUCCACGGCCUUGACUCGUUUUGAUUACGAGGCUUAUUUGCAUGGCGCGAAACCAGCGUACCCCAGUAGCCCUCGAGGUUCCUCGGGAAAAGUUUUAAGAAGAACCAGGAGUCGAAACGUGUCAAUCACGGUGGAACCAAUCAGUAGCAUUGUUGAGGAAGGUAAUGGAAGAACUGAGAGCAGGGUGACUACAUCUCCUGUGGGGGAUAUCGAGCCGACAAGAAAGGAAAGUUUUCCUGUUAGAAUCACCACAAGAAUUACGUUGAACCUGAAGAGGCUGGAAACGAGUACUUCUGACAUCAUCAGGGCGCAAGAGGAGGCCGUGAGCGUUCAGAGGAACCUGGGUUUAGUUGGUAUAAGAUCUAAGAAAAGUAUGAGUGAAAGCCGUGAGUCAAUGCGGAUUAAAUUGGCUACAAGGAAUAGAAUCAGGGCGAAGAGCAGAGAACUGAAAAAAGAGGAGGAGAGAAUAGGAAACAAGGAUAGAAAACAGAAGAAAAGGGAGCGUAUUGGAAAGUACUAUGCUGUGAAUGUGUUUUUGGGGCGGGUUGUUGAUACGCAUCCCCGCACCGAGAGCCAACCGAUUGAGACCGAACGAGAUCCGAACAGGCUUCGGUUCAGGUUAUCGGGAUUUCGUCCUCCGAUUCAGAAAGUAGAUCCUUUACGCGAACUGCUGAUUUCGAGGCAAGAAGCGGGAAAGGAUGUAAGAGAAGCCGCGAGGGAAAUAGAAAAGAAAGCCGCGGAGGAGCCCAGAAAAAUUGCCGUCAAGAGACAUACGGUUACUACGGACCAGAGGUUGUUUAUCCGUACUCAUGGCACAAUGGGAUUGGCGUGUUUACGGGCUGUACAGCAUGCGUACAGAGAAAGAGAACGCGCUGAUGCAGUGUCUUCCAAGGCUAACACCGUGGCGCAGCUCAGGGAAGACAGAGAACAAGCUAAAGAACGUGUCAAGGUUUUUAAACAGGAAUACAAGGAAGCGUCGCUAAGAAGAAGGGUUCGGGAUGGUGUAAGAACUGCUGAAGCAUUAAAGGAACGACAAGCUAAGGAAGUUAUUGAACACGAGCGGCUCUCAACCGCCAGAGCUGUCACGGCAGAGCAGGCGAAAUCUCGACGUGCAGAGCUUGCCUUUAUAACAGACUUCAACUGCCAGCAUACGUCUAUUUCUAAUGCGCUGCAGCGUCAUGACAGAGUCUCACACAGAGACGAGCGGGCUCAAGAAAUUGAAGACUUUGUCCGAAAAGAAAAGGAAGUCACCGAAGACCAACAAGUUUUGGUGCGCCGCUACAUGGAACACAGGCAGCUACUGCGUCAGGCGGAAACCGCCAUGGCGCGCGCUGAUCUGGACUCGCAUUUGACACGCGAAGCCAAUCAGCGCAAAGCGGCGGCAAAAGAACGCGUUGCGCAGAUAAAAGCGCGAAAUCGGGAGACAGUCGAGUACUUCUCUCCACCGUUGACGCAUGCACCAGCUAAGCUUCCUCCACUGGCUGUUGUUUCUCCAGAGCAAAUGGACGUAUGGAAUGAUUUGGAGAAAUUUGAUUGGACGCCUGCAAGACACGAUCGUUCGUAUUCUGAGCCUUACAAUAGAGUGAUGUCGUCAAGGAGACAGCGCAUGUAUUCUUUGGAGCCUACAUUUGGGGUCGCUUAAUCAAAAAGAAAUACUUCUUCAUUUCAGAAAUGUUCAAGGGUAUUCUGUUGCGUAACUUUCAUAAAACAAAGAAAGAUGUUUAAUCCUCUCGAACCUUGUUCGCUAAACCAGAGCUACAUUUUUACAGUGUGUCAAGUUGAAAAUUUGCGAGUUUCAAAUGAAGAAGUGCACAUUUUGUUAAGUAAGAUUAUUGAAAUAAGCAAAUUCGUAAGGGAAAGAAACGUCUUUUCAAAUUGCUGAAGCCCGAUACGGUUCAUUGAAAACUAAUGAGAUGUUGUAAAAGUGAAUUAUGUUCUGACGUUCUGUUUUCUUUCUUCCACCAAAUAGGUUGGUAAUAAUGAUGAAUUGUCUUAAGAGACCUAAUUUAACCUAAAAAUCUAUUUGAAAUUUCAUAUUACUGGGUUAUUAAUUUAUGCUUUACAGUAGAUUCUAUUGUAAUAUAUUUCAAAAAGUUCACCUAGUCAAGAGUUCG